UGUAAUGUUUGUGUCAUAGGUCGAGAUUUAAGCUUCAAAUUCACGUCAUUUCGAAAUUUAGACAUUUACUCAUUCGAUCUCUCAGAUUAAUCUAUCUGUCACGAUUCAUAUAUUUGUAAGAUAUUAUUUACUCUGAUUUUCUGAUCUCACAAAAAAAAAAUGAUGUAAAUCUUUAUACCCUCAAUGACUUUUUUUUUUUAUAUUCAAUAUGAGAUUUAAAACUUCUCCCGUGUCACUUGCUCUGUCCUAUCUUUUAAACAGUAGCCGAGAGCUUGUGUGUCUUCCUCAAACUCCGGCAAAGUCUUACUACCGUCCACUGCUGACCUCCGUCGGCGGCCACUCACCGGCCAACGUCCCUUCCCUUGUUUGCUCUGAAACUUGUCGCGAGACUCUUCUUAAUCUCGCCGUCUCGGAUCUAGGUACAGAUUCUUCAAAAACUUGCCUGCUUCGCGUGAAUCUGCCUUGGAAGGUAGCGGAUAUGAACUCAAGAACCUCCUUCCUUGCUGCGCCGAUCACCGCAGCCCCAAGCGUUCUUUAUCGACGGUGAAUGACCUUUUGGCAAGAGAUGGGUGAUGAGGCUGGAUUCCUUUUCGGCUUUUGGGUGGCAGUCAGAGUGAUGGUCCCUUCUGAUUAUUUGUUGGAAUUGAAUUUGGGGCUGUGGUUGCGUGUGCCGCACACCGCCUUGGUUUCAGCAUAGUGAAUUUGCAGAUGGUGAAAUGACUUUGCCCUGCUUUUUGUUUUUGUUUCCCGGAGUCUUCUGAGUAAUUGCUGGGUGUUCUAGAUUUUCUUUUUUUGCUAGGUGUUUGAUGGCCGUGUGACUUUUGCUGAUAGAAUUAGGAUUGAAUGGAAUCAGACAAAAGGGCUUUUCAGUGGGUAGUGUUGUUCAGUGGUUCGAUUGUGGAUUGACGGUAGACUAGGGUUGGAUAACUAUGCAAGGAGUAUUCUGCUGGCAAUAGGUUUUCCAGGAACUUAUUCUGCUGGCAAUAGGUUUUCCAGGAACUUACUGAUGUUCCUAGGAAUCGCUCGAUUUUCUUCCUUUUGUAAUUGGCCCCCCUUUUGCAGUGUAAUUGCUAUUCCUUAAAUAAUGGUGACGAGGAUAGGAUCUCAGUUUAAAACUGAGCAUCCUAUCCUAUUCAAUCGGGAUUUUAAUUUCAAAAAGGCAAUUGAAUUUUAAACCAAAUCU